CUUACAGACAAGUUCGUUCGCCGAGCUGGGUAACGUCAGCUUGUGACCCGAGUGGGGGUAUCAUGGUGAUGGAACAAGGUUUAGGCUUCACCAAGUUGGUAUGGAAGCUGCAUGAUGCUGCUUGCCCACUCCAAGUUAGGAGUUGAGCUAUGGAAUCCUUGCGAAGGCUAGGGUUUCUUGGUUCCUGGACUGGAGGGCACAGCGUGAGGCUGGUUUCACAGAGCAGCGACAACCUCCGGCUCUUGACAGUGGAGGGAUCACAGGCAGCUGCACCUCCACACCACAUAGCUUGGUGAGCCAUCUCUUGAACCAUCACUUUUUUUAUGAUGUUAUGCAAUCCACUGCUUCCAAAGCAUGAAAAAAGUAUGUGUAUACAAAGAACACAAAGCAACCAGCCCACAUAUUGUAGAACAGAACACACUGAAAAAACAAUCAUGUCUCAAUAAUACUUGUCUUCUUCUCUCCAAACUUUCUUAAUUUGACAGCCACUACUAUUCAUAUCACACCAAAUAUGAAUACAUUUCUUAUACCAAAUAACUCAACCACCAAAAAAGAGAAUAAAGGAAAGUAAAAUAGAGUAUUGAAAAUCUAGAUUAAUCUCAUAAUUUCUUGGUGGGACCAAAUGCAUCACCUAUAAUUUCCUUUCCUUACUGUCUCUGCCUUUUCUUAGCUUCAGCUACUAGUACUACCUACUGCUUAUCCAUUGCUCCAACUUAUUCUCUCUACUUUAUAUGUUUAGACCUCGCCACUGCCAAACAAAUUAACCAAUAUACUCGUUACUAUGUCCACAAAAACCAUGAAAAUUAUGAAAGGAAUUGAUUUGCUAUGUUCUUCCUCAGCUUCCACAGCUGUAACUUCUAGCAUGCACCAUCGUUCUACGGUGCGUGGAAGAACAAAAAGCUACGACCAUGAUGGAAGGAAAAGCCAACUCUGUGUACCUUGUUCAUCCCAAUUGCCCUUAACUCCUAAGCCUCACUUGGAGAAGCACAGAAAGAGCUCGGCUGAUAAGGCUAACAGUGACACGCGUAGAAAAAGUUCUGUUGAUGUUAAUGACCUAUAUACUCAUGCCAGUGCUGAGCGUUCAUCCAGAAGAUAUCUCCUUGCUGACGCGCCAUUCGUUGAGUGGGUAUCAGAGUCUAAUAAAUUCACACAAAUGGUUCCUUCUCGACAUGAUGUCGAAGACAAGACCAUGGUUAUAAAAAGAAACCAUGCUCCUACUCUUCGCUCCUCUUCUUCAGCUCGCUCCAAGGACCAGGUUGUGGUUUUGAGGGUGUCAUUGCACUGCAAGGCCUGCGAAGGGAAAAUUAGAAAACAUAUUUCAAAAAUGGAAGGAGUGACAUCAUUCAGCAUAGAAAUGGAGACAAAGAAAGUGACGAUAAUCGGAGACGUGACACCAAUGGGGGUACUGGCGAGUGUAUCCAAGGUGAAGAAUGCACAACUUUGGCCAUCUCUCUAGACUUGAAUCUGAUACACCUUUGUGGUGUGCGUGUUUGUAUGAUUAGAAUUUGGAUAACCUGUGAAGCACUCGAAAGUGUGUUGUAAAUGAACAUUUUUCACUUAGUUGUUUACUUCUUGUGGUGAGUGAAGUGGUACAACUGACAAUUCUUAAUUGGUCAUCUGGUGUGUUUCACCACCAAAUGUUUUCUCUUCCUCACUGCAGCCUAUAUCAAAACACAGACCUGGCAAACUUUUGAAAGAAGAAAAGGGUAACGUGUAUUAUUAGCUUUAAAAUGUAGCCGUGCGCCUAAGACCCACAUUAUCUUGUUAGUGCUGGUGGGGUUAACUAGUAUAUAAAAACGAAGUAAGUAUAUGUGUUGGUAGAAAAUAAAGAAAUUGAAAAUAAGUGUGAUUGCAAACCAUUUUGAAGCUGAAGAAGCUCAUUCAGUAUAUAACGAGAGAAGGACUUAUGAGAAACCUUGAGGCUAAGCACUUGAAAAGCAAUAAUGGGUAUACAUUUCUCCAAGCACUUGGAAUGCACUUUGUUGGGGAUACAAGUAACAGGGUAAUGCAUGCCAGACAGUGGUAGCAGAGAGCACUCAAGACCAGGCUGGUCUGUUUGGAAGCAUUCUCUUGGGAAAACUAAUGGUUAUAAGGUUUUCUUUUUGAGCUUCUGAAGGAACUUAGAGUUGGUUAAUGUGACAUGACGGCGGUCCCAUUGUUGAAGAGUUCGGUUUGCUUUAGUUGUUUUUGUGAACAUUGUACAUUCUACAUUCUCUACAAGUAACCUAAUCAUGAGACCAUAGUCCACUUUUAUGGUUGCCUA